UUUUACUUGCCAGUUGUGACUAUUUAACCCAGUUUACCUCUCCCUUUUUCGAUUCUGCAGCGCGCAUCGCGUCGUCCCGCUUCUUCCUCUUCUGCUGCAGCUCUCGGACUCCGCUCUCUCUGCUUCGUGUUUUUGAGGUUUUGUUGCUCUACUUAAAGGAACGCGAACAGUUUUCAUCUGUCUUCUGUGUGGCCACAUGACGAGCUGCCCUGAACAUUUUCCUACUGUCCUCUCUCAGGUCUGACGCGCUUGUACCUGUCCAUGGUGCUGAAACGUAUUUCUUCCCGAAGACACCGGUGCACUGCUGCUCCCAAUAAUUCCAGAAAUAGUCCUUCUUUCUGCAUCUUUUCGUGCCCUGCGGGUGAGAUAACUUCGGCAAUAACUGGUUCAUCUUUCCGGUGAGGCUUCUGAAUUCAAAAACAAACGGAGUUGGUCCUAAAGGAAGCAAAAAGAAUCGACUGUGACUCUCCCAAAAGAGACUACAGCGGCUGCAUCGAUUUCAGGAGGACUCAUCUUUCUAGACUUGACAAAAAGACAAGAAAAUCGGAUGCAUGGACGAUUAUUGUAACGUAACUUAGCCUGGAGAUAUUUGCUCUUAAAAGAACCAGUUGGGAAAAUUGGAUGAAUAGUCUUCAUUUGUAGCGUAUCCAAAAACAUUUUCUUGGUGCGGGGAGGGGGGUUUCUUUCUCUUCUGCUGGAUCAACUUAAGACUUAAACAACCCACCCCCUCUCUCCCAAAAAUACAACUUGUCCUGAAUACCAAAUGGUAGUUUGAGGAGGCCUCGAUCAAUACAAUGGAGGCGUCCGCCAACGGGUCCAGUUUUGGCAUCGACUCACUGCUGUCCCACAGGCCUAGAAGUCCGGUGUCCAAAGGGGACAGCCUGGUGGGGGAGUGCCGCUCGCCUCUGGAGUUCAGCCCGAGAUCAGACGUGGAAAGCGGCUGCUCGUCGCCUCCGUCGCCGAGGAGGGAGUGUGUGGAUGAAGUGGCCCAGAGACAGGGUCACGGGGUCGGCCUGCCGCCGCACCUCCAGCACGCGCAGAUAUCGGCGGGGUCGCAGCAGAGGACCGUAACCUCGUCGUUCCUCAUCAGAGAUAUUCUCGCGGACUGUAAGCCUCUGGCCGCCUGCGCGCCCUACUCCAGCAAUGGACAGCCGACUCAGGAGGUGGGGAGGCUGGCCUCGAAGAUAGCGGAAGACUUUAUGGAGAAAAUGCACAGCAACUCUUCGUCAGACAGUGAAUAUAAAGUGAAAGAGGAGGGGGACAGGGAGAUCUCCAGCAGUAGAGACAGCUCUCAGGUCCGAAUGAAGAAGCCCAGGAAGGCCCGGACGGCCUUCACGGACCACCAGCUGGCCCAGCUGGAGCGCAGCUUCGAGCGGCAGAAGUACCUGAGCGUCCAGGACCGUAUGGAGCUGGCGGCCUCCCUCAACCUCACCGACACACAGGUCAAGACCUGGUACCAGAACCGAAGGACAAAGUGGAAGAGGCAGACGGCGGUGGGACUCGAGCUCCUGGCGGAAGCUGGAAACUACUCUGCCCUACAGAGGAUGUUCCCAUCCCCGUACUUCUACCCGCAGAGCCUGGUGUCCAACCUGGACCCCGGAGCGGCCCUCUACCUGUACAGAGGCCCCUCGGCGCCCCCGCCGGGUUUGCAGAGACCUCUGGUCCCGCGGAUCCUGUUGCACGGCCUGCAGGGGGGCGGCGAGCCGCCGCCUCUGCCCCCCAUGGCCGGCGUGCUUUCUCGGCCUGCUCUGCCGCGGUGAGCCAGCCCCGGCAGAUUUUUUUUGUAAGCCGACCUUGGCAACUUUGGACUCAUAAGAAGAAAUAAAACAAAGACAGAAAAAAAAGAGGUGACGAACAGGAGAAAAAUAAAAAAACUGUUCGAGGCCUUUAUAUGGUGCGAAAUAGUCGAUUUAGGCGGAACUCUGUGGACGGAGUUUUGUGACUCAAACUGUCUGUGCUGAAGGAUUUUUUUCUGUUGUUCUUGGGACAUGAGCUUUAUUUAUAAGUUAUUUAUUUUUCAAUAUGAAUCAAAGCAUUUAAGUUAUGUAUUUAUUUGAUCAAAGUUUCAGUAUUUUCAGUGUUUUUCCCAACAACAGAUACGAUUGUUGGUGGCACUUUGACCUACAGUUCAAUGUCAAUUAGACCCCCCAUUGGCAUUAUUAUUAUUAUUAUUAUUAUUAUUAUUAUUAUUAUUAUUAUUAUUAUUAUUAUUAUUAUUAUGUGGACGCUUAUGAAUAGUGGAUAAAGCGAAAAGGAGCACCCUUCCAUGUAUUAUGAAUAUAAUAUAGAGAAUCCAAAGGAACAAUUAGUAAAUAUUUCCUCUUUUUUUUCUUUCUAAAUCUGUCACUGAUUUUUGUUUACAUGUGAAGAACAAGAUGAGCAGCAGUCAUAAACCUGUAAAUAAGAAUAUUUUGCAUUUUAUUCGAAAGAGACUGAUUUUAAAGACACUUUUUCUUGGUUUGUUUGAUCUAUUGGUGCGUCUUUUUCAGACCACGGUGAUCCAGUUUAACAUAAUAGGCUAGAUUAGCCAUCAGAAACUAUAAAACAAUGAAAAAAACAUAUCUGUCUGAGAAAGAAUGCCUGAACCCACAUAUAGGCACAAACAAGAGAUACGGAAAGAGAAUUCUAUAUAAAGUCUUUUUCUUGUUCUUAGUUGAAGUUUUAGCGGAGUAAAAAUGUCAAGUAAUUUAUAAAAAAAAGCAGUUUUAUUCCUGCAGAGGGGGGAAGGGGACGCUAUCAUCUCAGUAAUGUUUUAUUUUCUUUCUUUUUUUGAUAAACAAAGGGAUCGGACUCGGGUCCACGUCCAGGUGCACCUGCCUGUUAAUUUGCUCUAGAUGUAUUUGAACAGACGUUGUGCAUUACUUAUGUUACUUCAGAUGAAGCCGUGAUAACCCUUAAUUGUUAUACUCUCCUUUGGUGAAAAUGUAUAUUGCAGAUAUCAAAACUUGUGGAGUGGUUCUCGUAUAUUUCCUGGAUCGUUUUUUUAAAUUAUUUUUAUUUUAUUUCGUUCCUCUAGCUUUCCCCAAAACUCUCUCCCCAUUUCGUGAAGUUCAUUUUUUUGUGAAAUUCACAGCAACAGUUGGACAGGAAAAGGGGGGAUUUGAUGUAAAAGAGAAUUACUUUUAUAAAUGUGGAAAUAAAAGUCUUUC